AGAGAGAGAGUGAGAGAGAGAGAGAGAGAGAGAGAGUGACGAAAGCGGAACCCAGAGCGCAGGUCUGUGCGCGAUAGGAUGCGCCAAACGCAGAAGAAAGCGCUGUGUGAGCUUUUAGAGGAAACAAGCGGCUGAAGUGCGCGGCGCAAUUUGGAGUGUGAGGACGCAGGGUCUCCAAGAGGCGCAAAUCCAUCCCGGGACGCGUUCUUCCCAUUUCCAUGGCGCUUCAGUAGUUAAUAAAAGGCAUGCAAAGAAGAGGACAUAAUUCCUAAAUUAGCAGGAGCGAUGGCAUCUUACCACAGCUUAGAGGGUGACGCAAUGGCCCUGAUGGUGCACGACACCAACGCGGUGAAGACCGAGGAGUUCGUGAAGGACGAACCGGUCCGGACCGAGGUGAGCUCGGAGAAAGCGGACCCGUCCCAGAAGCCGCCCUACUCCUACGUGGCCCUGAUCGCCAUGGCCAUACGGGAGAGCUCGGAGAAGCGCCUGACCCUGUCGGGUAUCUACCAGUACAUCAUCAAUAAGUUCCCUUUUUACGAGAAGAACAAGAAGGGCUGGCAGAACAGCAUCCGGCACAACCUGAGCCUCAACGAGUGCUUCAUUAAGGUGCCGCGCGAAGGUGGCGGAGAGCGCAAGGGGAAUUACUGGACGCUGGACCCGGCGUGCGAGGACAUGUUUGAGAAGGGGAAUUACCGGCGCAGGCGGCGGAUGAAGCGGCCGUUCAGGCCUCCAGCGGCGCAUUUCCAGCCCGGCAAGUCUCUGUUCGGUGCGGACGGCUAUGGUUACCUGUCGCCUCCAAAGUACAUCCAACCGAGCUUCAUGAAUAACGCGUGGCCGCUCGCUCAGCCGCCUCCUCCACCGCCUCCGCCGCCCAUGUCGUCCUAUGCGUCGUGCCAGAUGGCGAGCACCGACGUGAGCGCCAUCAACGUCAAAGGCCUUUCCACUGCGUCCUACAACCCGUACUCCCGCAUGCAGGCCAUGGGCCUUCCAAGCGUCAUGAACUCAUAUAACGGCGUGAGCCAUCACCAGCACCAGGCGCAGCAGCUGAGCGGAACCGCGUCCGCGCCUUCACCAGUACCGGGCAACAGCGCGGCCGGCCUCCAGUUCGCCUGCGCCGCACGUCAACCCACCGACCUCUACUCGUACUGGGACCACGAAGCCAAGCAUUCAGCCUUGCACUCUCGGAUUGACAUUUAGACCAAAAACCAGAGCCACAAAACUGGAAACUGCUUGAGUGUUGUGAACGUUUUCCAAGCCGCCUGGGAGGUCCCUUUUACAUUUCUCUCCCUCUCUCUCUCUCUCUUUCUCUCUCUCUCUAUUUCAGACUUACACAGGGUAGAAAGAAAGAAAGAAAGUAAUAAUAAUAAUAAUAAUAAUAAUAAUAAUAAUAAUAAUAAUAAUGAAUUCCCUGGGUUGGAUUAAACUUCCCUGUAGAGCUUCAGUUGAUAGACACAUAGGCCUACAGAUGUUCUUUGAUCACACUGUGUAUAAAUUCAACACUGAAAAGAAAACCUGAAAGCCAGAUCUCACUUAAGGAUCUUGCCUGCACACUUAUAUUUGCAAUGUCUAUAUUAGCUUUUACAGAACAGAAUAAACUCGUGCAGUCUUGAAUUCAGACCAAGAAAGAUGAGUGAACUUUCACAGUGGGUCCAGAUGUGCCACAGAGUGUGUUCAUUCAGGACCGGGUUUUUUGUUUGUUUGUUUUUUUUGUUGCUGCGUACAGUUUGGAUGAUGUGUCAUUUUGGGCUCAUGGAGCCAACAGAGCGCACAUGCAAAUAUCAAAUCUAAGAAAAUCAAAAGUCAUUGUGUUAAAAAAAAAAAGAGCUCGGAUUGUGUCAAUCCGACUUCAGUGUUUUUAAAAUGAAGCUGAGUGUGUUUGUGUGAUUAUUGUGAGCCCUAAAGUAGCCCCAGUCUGUUGUUUACUCCAGCCAGUGUAGAUUAUAAUUAGCCCUUUAUAGCAUACUGACGUAAUAGCUUUUUAGAUCAUUGAAAAAUAAUCUUUUUUUUUUUUUAAAUCCUAAAUCACAAAACCAGACCUCUUUUCGUUGAUAUAUAAUUUUUUGAUACUUUAUUCAAAUAUUGACAUUGUUGGGACCAUGUUAAAUCGGCACUUAUUUUAAAUAAAAUACUUUGGUGAAAUA